UGCUAGAGAAAUGUUAUGGGCUGGCACUGGUGUGGAGUGUUCGCCCUCCGUUCCAGGCCUGAGCUUCCUGGGAGCCGGGACAGUGUAAUCUUUGAAUCCACGCGCCUCGAACGAAAUAAGCACUGCAAUCAAUCUGCAGAGCUUAACGCAAGAGAAGGGGACGUGGAAACCGAGGAAACGGGUCUCGGUGCGAGGGUGUUGGGAGACGAGGGCGGGAAAGCGUGGCCACCCCGGAAAGCGGAGAGCUGCGGCGCCACCGUGCAGAGGUGGAGCCCCGGCGGCCGCGGGGCGCGGCUGGCUUUUCCCAGGGCCUCCGGCGGCGGUCAGGUGGGGCCCGGGGGCCGGGGGAGGGGCGGGAGGAAGGGGUGCGGUCGCGGUCGCAGACCCAGCGGACGCGGAGCACCGGCGGCCAGGCGCACUCCCUCUCGCGGUUCUCCCGCACCCCGGGUCCCCGCGGCCCCGCUUCAGUUUAGUGUGAUCUCAAUUCAAGCAAAAGUGGGAUAUCAUGGCCUCUAUCUGGGAACCGAUGAGGAAACACUCAUCAGCAUUCUGACUGAAAGGACAAAUGCACAGCGGCAGCUGAUUGUUCAGGCGUAUCAAGCAGCAUAUGGAAAGGAACUGAAAGAUGACUUGAAGGGUGAUCUCUCUGGCCACUUUAAGGAACUCAUGGUGGCCCUUGUGACUCCUCCAGCCAUGUUUGAUGCAAAGCAGCUGAAGAAAUCCAUGAAGGGUGUCGGAACAAGCGAACAUGCAUUGAUUGAAAUCCUCACCACCAGAACAAGCAGGCAGAUGAAGGAAAUCUCCCAAGCCUACUAUACAGUAUAUAAGAAGAGUCUUGGAGAUGACAUUAGUUCGGAAACAUCUGGAGAUUUCCGGAAAGCUCUAUUGACUUUGGCAGAUGGCAGAAGAGAUGAAAGUCUAAAAGUGGAUGAGCAGCUGGCCAAAAAGGAUGCCCAGAUUCUCUAUAAUGCUGGGGAGAACAGAUGGGGUACAGAUGAAGAUAAAUUCACCGAGAUCCUGUGUUUAAGGAGUUUUCCUCAACUGAAACUGACAUUUGAUGAAUAUAGAAAUAUUAGCCAGAAGGACAUUGAGGACAGCAUAAAAGGAGAAUUAUCUGGGCAUUUCGAAGACUUACUGCUAGCCAUAGUCCGUUGUGCCAGAAGCAUGCCUGCCUUUUUAGCUGAAAGACUGCAUCAAGCUUUAAAGGGUGUUGGAACUGAUGAGUUUACUCUGAACCGAAUAAUGGUUUCCAGAUCGGAAAUUGACCUUUUGGACAUUCGAGCAGAGUUUAAGAAGCAUUAUGGGUAUUCCCUAUAUUCAGCAAUUAAAUCGGAUACUUCUGGAAACUAUGAAAUCACGCUCUUGAAGAUCUGUGGAAGAGAUGACUGAGUGAAGAACACAAUCUCCGAAGGCCGCUGCUCCCACAACGGGCCUUUCCAACAGCUCUGCUUACUCCUUUCUCAGAGUUUUGAAAACCCCAAGCAAGCAUAAACAGCAACCUGUUUUCCUAACAGACACUUCCAUCGUUCCAUAAUAACGACAAAAAGUGAUUCUAGUAGAGCAUCUCAGCAUCAUGUAGGAAUUCAUAAAUGAAAUUUAAGUGGUAUUAAGGAUCUACUAAUACAACAUAA